AUGCCGCCACUCCUGCCGCACCGCGAACCGCAGCUGAUAUCCUUGCCUUCAUCACGCAAAUGCCAAAGCCCCUCCCAAUGCGGCAGGAAGCACCUGCCGUUGGCAGACCUGUGUCAUCAGAACGACAAGGGCAGCAGUGCUGGCGCUGGUGGUACCCGAAAGGUGUCCGGCCUUGGUGGGAGGAACGCUAGCACAAAGAAUGCAAGCUCCGCAGCGGCGAGUGCGUCGGGACUGCCGCGGUUGGCAGCGCUGGCUGCCGUUCCGCCGUCGCUUGACAUGUUCCUGACCGCUUCUAGCAAAGCGCUUGAGAGGGUGGUCGUGAGCGACAACGAGAGCGCCCAGGUAAUGCACAGCAGUGCGGCCGCUCCUGCCGCCGCCGUCGCACCUGCCGCGGCAACCCAGCCCCUAAAGUCGUUGACCGUCAGCCCCUUCACCGCGCCCGUGUCGUUCGAGUCGUCGGUGUCAGCGGCUGCAUCGGCAUCCCUGAGCUGCCCCUCGAAUGGGCUUAUCCGCUUCACGGCCAUGCCGGCGGAAGAGGGUUGCAUCCUGCCACUGCCCGCCGCAGCAACGACACCGGCAGAAGUGUAUCUUGAGAGUCGCGUAAGCUACCCGUACAAUGGUGCCGACGCGAUGGCCACCCUCAACCUUCCCAGCCCCCCGCCCGCAUCCUCCCCGCACGUAGACUUGGCCGACCGAGGCGGAUCAGCAGCCGCCACCACCACCGCGCCUCUGCUUCGUCAGCAGGAAAGUCGGAUCUCCCUCUCCGAAAGCACGCCGAGAGCACCUCCGAUUUGCCAAGAGCGACUCUCGCCAGCCGCAGGGGCGAUGAAGCCGACCAAUUCUCCAGCGGGCCCCUUCUCGUACCCCGCUGCCGCCCCCGUAGCAGAAGCAGCGGCAGCGGCAGAGGCAGCAGCGGCCGCGACAUGCACAACAAGCACGACUUUCAAGGGCGUCGCCUCUUCCGCUGCUGCGCUCACCGCGCACCCCGCCGACUACGGCAGCCGAACGAACAGCGUCGGUGGCACCCUGAGGCACGAGGCUGGUGGGGCGGCGGCCUUUGAACACGCGCCGCAGCAGCAGCCACCAUCGUGCCCCCCUCGCACAUCCGAGUCUUUUGCCACUGCUGCUGCCACAUACCCCACAACCGCUGCCGCGCCGGGCUCACCCUCGGGCCCCUUGAAGAUGCAGCCGAGCUCGCUGCUCUCACGAAUGACAACGCCAGCAGCGGCUCGCGAAGUAGUCGCUGCCGGCGUUGGAAACCGAGACAACAGCAGUGACAUUGAUAGCACGUCACCUCAGCUGUUCGCCUCAGUUGCGUCUUCACUGCUUGUGCCACUCGCGGUGUCAGAGACAUCGACAGAGAGAACGCGCAUCACCCCUGCAGGCUCCGUCAACUCUCUCUGCGUCUACAGAGCGCCGCCGCCGCCCUUCCUCCGCGCACCAUCGGACGCCACCAGAUCCGGCAGCCCAACAUCACUCUCGCCCGUAGCGGUGACCGCAGGAACCGGGGUGGCCAUGGACGUGGUGGGCUACCUGGAGUACGGGUACGACACACUGUGGCGCACCCUCGCGCGGUUUUUCGCGGCCGCGUUUCUCCCGCACAUUUUUUUGUGGCAUGCAGUUCCAGCCCUGAUUCCGCAGCUGGCGACGAGCGCCGCGGCGGAGGCAGCGGCCCCGCCAUGCGUGCGAGUGUACGCCGUGGCGUGCAACCACCCCGAGGUGGUCUUGUUCGCGCUGGAGCUGUUCGUUGCUGGCGUUAUGCUUUGGAGUCUCGCGCGCUACCGUCAGCUCAGUACUGUGCAGCGAUCUCGAAGGCACCACAGCCUGCACGGUGGCCUCCAUUGUAACAGCACAUCACUUGCCGCGAGGCCCAGCAGCGCCGGCGUCGGUUCGGCAUCCGUGGCAGCGGCUCGGAUCGCUGGGGUGUGGUGCACGGCGCACCUUCCCACCACCACCACCAAGAAGCUCGUCGACAGUGCGGAGUCACCGUCGACGUCGAUUGAGAUGGCGGGCAUGCGGCCCCUGUCGUCAGCGAGAGGUCUGCGUCUGCGGCCGCUGCACAGCCCCGGUGCUGGCGGUAUCGGCAGCGGUCUUGCGCAUCGCAUCGGCUCUCACACCACCAUGCCGCUGCUGCAUCUCCCGCUGAGGCCAUUCGGUGGGGUUCGGAGUGCGGCGACGAUGGUAGCGCGAGCGGCGAUCUCCGGGAGUGCGACACCUGUGCGAGAUCCCGCAAACGUCAGCGCCUACCCUGCGGAGCCUGGCGGCGCCAUGCGCUGCUUCGGUGUCAGGAGUGUUAGCGGCGCCAUAGUCAGCAACUCGACGCUCAGCGGUCGCAGCAGUGCAUCGAGCGUAGGAACGCCUUCUCUAUCACCCUACCCGUUUAUGGGGCUUGCGACACCGGCAGCAGAAGUGAUGCAGCGUGGCUUUAGCGAUGUGCACGAGAUCGAUAGCCUUCUUACCCCUGGUGAUGCUGGUGGUGGUGGUGGCGGUGCCAUCACGACGUUGACUACUCCUUUCGAGGCGGAGGAGAGGCAAUCUGGAGGGAGCCUGCUCCACGGCCAUCAUCCUCGCACCGCCACGUGGGAUGCGCCUCGGUUGCAACAGCCAUCACGGGAGCUGCUCAGCGGCAGUGAUGCUGGCUGUCAAAGAGUGUUUCCAGCGUCGCCGCCGACGUCCGUGGUGACGCCGGCUGCAGCGGCGGUCGCGGCGAGUGCGGUGCGCACCGACUCGCUUCUCCUGUCCCCCGGUGGAGCCGUUAAGGCCGCUCCCGCGCCCUCAUCCCCCAUCUUUGGGCGUGAUGGACCCGUGCCAACGAUGACGUACUUCGGUAUCGGGCUCGGUUUUCUCGUCUGCGCGGGCCUCGCCGAGUGGCGACUCUCGGUCGACUACUACUUCGCAUGGUACAGCUUCGCGCUUGACACCAACGCCGCCUUGUGGUUCUGGCUGGUCCCAGUCUGCCUCCUGGGCACCGCCGCGUACGUGGUGCUCUUGAUUGGCGGCCACACGUUGCGCUGGCGCGCGCUGCGGCAGCUGCACGAGAGUAACGCACGCGGGUGCCACAACGAUGACGAGGAUGAGGAGGAGGCCGCCCGUCAAGGGGCAGCGGCGGCGGCGGCGCUGUGUAGACUUCGCUGGAUGUCGUGGUGUUUCGCCUGCGUUCCAUACCCGCACCCGGACGUGGCGCUGUUCUUCGACCUGCCAGAGUCCGUUAUCAUGCGGCCAGACGCGACGGCCCUGUUGCCUAAAUUGGCCAGUCGAGGCUCGAUGGUGGGUGCCUUCGCGGUCGACGAGUCUGACGCAGUAUCUCCCAUAGUGCUGUGCACGCCCAGGGAAAGAGGCUUCUGUGAUGGCGGUGACGAGACGGUGUACGAUGACGAGGUCAACGCUAGGGGGUCUGCUCUGCGGCAGCAGAGCAGAGUGCUGAGGGAGUCUGGCAAGGACAAGUAUGGAGAAGCCGUCUUUCUAACUACCGAUGAUACGCUUGAGCCUGUAGACGACAUCUUGCGCCUGAAGCGGGAAACACCGGAGCAGAGCACGCCGGCGCCUGACAUAUCCGGUGAUGUAGGGAGCCUCGCCGUCGCCACUGCGCUCGACAACUUUAAGACGGCGUCCCUGCAGACCAUCACCUCUGCUGCAGCGGCGGAUGUCAGCGGUAGCCCGUGCAAGCCGCUGCUGCCGCCGUUGUUGCCACGCCGGCCACUGUCGAGGGUUUUUUCCACGGCGAUGGUGCGCUCCUUCCCCAUUGGCAGAAGAAACCUCAGCGGUCUCGGCGCAUCAUUUAGCCCCGCGUCUUCCCAGUCGCUGUGGAUCUUCGGCCAACGGCCGCAGCGCGGGUGCGCUGCGUCGCGCACCUGGGUAGAGCGCGCGGCUCGCCAGCUUCGCAUCCCCAACUUGACCAUGCGGCUGAGGCGUUUGUGUGGCCUUACGCAGCAGCGGCGAGCAGAACAGCGAUCGCAGCGGCGGGCGUGGACGUCGUGGUCCGGCGAGCGUGGCAGCCUGGAGCGCCUGGUCGCCUGGACGUAUUUGAUCAUGUUAUUUUUUUUCUCCCAGGCUCUGCUGUCGCUCAUGUAUUUUACGUGGUUGUGGCGCAGCAUCGCCGGCGAGGCAGCGACGGCGGCCAUGUAUGCUACCGACACGGAGCGCGCCGCGAUGCCGGUACCGCCAUCCUUCGUGGUGUACGGCUGCACCAAGUGGCAGCAAAGCCUGCGGAACGUGCUCUGGGUCAUCCCACCCUUCUGCGCGAGUGGCGACGUCAGCGUCUCCUCACCGCGGCCGUCGACAACGUGGUCGAUGGCGAGUCAAGUCGCACUGCUCUUCACGCUACUAGGCCAGCGCCACUUUCAGGUGGCCUACCUGUACACGAAUGUUGCCCUCCCCAUCGGAUUUGUGAUCUCCCUGUGCAUUCUCGCGCAUGAGGUACAGCUUCAUAUCAAGUCGCGCCGUCUGCUACGGCUGCUCGCGCUUGCAAAGUCGCGGGUCGAGACGGCGCGCAAGGUGCGCGAAGCGAUGCUGUGA